AUGUCCGACGAUAAUUAUAUUGAUCUAUCAUCCAUUACAGAUCCAAGCGACUUUCCUCAGGCAUCACUAAGAUUUCUUGACACUCUUCCGCGUUGUUCAGUUUGCAAGGACUUUUUUAACACUCCAAUGAUUGCUGAGUGUGGACACGUGUAUUGUUCUCUUUGUAUUCGACGAUGCUUAAAUAUGGAACAAGUUUGUCCUGUUUGCCGUGCAAACAUAUCAGAACCGCAAUUAUUCAAAAGUCCUGACACCGAAAAUCUUGUACAAGCAUGGAUAAACAUGAGGCAAACAUUAUUACAAGGUGCUCUUGAGGAAGAAAAAAUUUCUUCCAAAAAAAGCGGGAACGUUUACCACUAA